AAAAGCAAUCGAAAGCAGCUAAGCGGGCCUUUCGUCAUCGGUCCAUGUGGCAAAGGCUGAGUUGUUUUUAGCACAGGUGCAAAGAAAGCUCUACUGGAGCUAGAAGUGCUAUGCUAGACAUUGUCGUGCAGCGUAUUUAGAUCUCAAAUGAUGUAUACGCUCAAUGCUUGGCUAUAUCAUUUUCUGAUAACAAAUCACUGAGUUCAGAUUUGUUUAUUUGCGGACGGGUCCCCUACCCUUUGUUUCUUCAAGAGUACAUUGUGCACUAAGCAAUUGUGGUGUACAUGACCAAAAUACGCGUUGAGUGACACCAUCCUGGAGUUCAUUCCCAUCAACUUGAGCGUUGGACGGCCAAAAGCCUUGAAGGGUCGCGAACAAGCACACAAGAAAAUGAUAACACAAGUACACGACAACUAUGCUUCGUGAAGCCCGAAAAGUGGAGAGAUAUUCCGACUAAAUGAUGGGGGAGUCAGACUUGGAGCCGUGAUUGGAAAAGGAGUGCAAUCUUCAUCUCUAAAAGGGCCCUUAAAAUGGAACAUUUGACCACUGUCUUUGUGACAACCGCCUUGGCUGUGAUCCUUAGCUUGGUCUUCAGUGGUAUUCCAUUCUUGUUCACAAAGAGUUGUCUCAACUUGAAUCCAGAGCAUCCAAACCACAACAAGCUCCAUCGUAACAAUGUUAUCCUCUCAUUUCUGUUGAACCUUGGAGGUGGGGUGCUCAUCGCUAACUGUUUUUGCCAUUGGCUACCCGAGGUCCGAGCAGCUUUUGGAGGUCAUGGUAUUGGGGAUGAAUGGCCUUUAGCAGAGAUCAUUUUGUGUUUAGGGUUCUUCCUCGUUCGAUUCCUGGAGGAAGUUAUCCAAAGCUGUGCUCAGAACACCCCUCAUGGUCAUUCUCAUCGCGGAUAUCCCGAGUCUGAACAACAAGUCCGGAUGGUGAACACAACCUCAGAUGAUUUAGGCCCAAGAGAGUGCACACCAAUUCGACCCAAGAGAUCAGUUGUCUCGCCACAAAGUUGUGAUCCCCAACCUGUGAAUGAUAUCUUGGAAAAGCAAUCCGAGCACAUUUUCGUUUCCACCAUUCGAACUGUUUUCGCCAUCGUGGCCUUGUCUUUUCAUAGCGUCAUUGAAGGACUCGCUCUGAGUUACGAGUCUGAUGAGACGGGGAUUUGGAUGAACUUUGGAGCCUUAGCGCUUCAUAAAUUUGUGAUAGCAUUUUCUAUUGGCGUUGAGCUGAUGACAAGUCAGGUCCCAAGGGUGCAAAGUAUCAUUUAUCUGCUCAUGUUUGCUUUUGCUCCAGCUUUGGGAUCACUUAUUGGUGUCAUCAUGGCUUACAGUGGUCCUGAGGACUCUUCUAUCGGAGAUUUUAUUCUUCAAGUCUUUCAAGGAGUGGCUAUUGGAACUGUCAUUUAUGUUGUCUUCUUCGAGAUAUUUCCAAAAGCCAAAGAUAUUGGAGGAAGUGGCUUUCAACACGUGGGUGCCAUGAUGCUUGGCUUUUUGGCCUUCAUGCCGUCAAUUUCUCUACACUCGGGUGGCCAUCAACACCAUGAAGAUCAUUUGCAUUCGACACCACCGCCAUAAUUGCAUAAGGUUAAAUCCUAAUAUAUUCACGAGGAUCCUCGUGGCCAGAAGCAAUUGCAAAUCAUGGAUGAUGAUUGAUCAAAGAUCCGGUGGCUAACAAUUGAUCCUCUCGUUUCCAAUUCAUCCACAGAAAAGCAUUCCUGAGGACACUUCCAAGGGGUCGACUCCAAUGAUGAAACACAUAUGUUACCUCUAAAAUGUGCCCUGGGAUCAAUACGGAGUUUGUAUAUUCGA